AUGGUGUGCCUAAAUUUCGCUAUCAGCGGCAGUGCAGUGGCGGGCACCGCCGACGUAACGUACUUCAAGCUGCUGCUGAACAAAACUGUUACUAUAGUUUGUGAUAUGUCAGUGACAGGAUUCACGGAGCAGAAUGGUAUUUUGAUGGUGGCGAAGGAACUUGCCGACAAUGCAGUUGACGCGUGCACUCAUGUUGACAAGCCCUGCUACGGUUUCCAUCCCAACCCGCGCGUGGAGGUCGACGUUCGUCAUCUGUUGGACGAGUCAUUUGGGCAGCUAUUUGCUACUUCGAAAACCAACGACUCGAGCGUGAGCGGCGUGUUCGGAAUUGGCUUAAAGAUGGCAAUGAUGUACUGUCACCGGAGUGCUGCAUCCCUCUUGAGGAUGAAAGUUAGAGUUUCACCAAGCGAAGUAUGGAGGUUCCGGGUAAGGUCCGACGUCAGCGGGCAGUCGGCAGAUAUCGAAGAUUUUGAAACGGCCAAAGAGGACGUGGACACGUGGCCGUGGAUGACGGAAGUAGCUGCGGAAGUGAAGGGCCAGUGGAAUGACGAGAUGAAAGGAUCAUUUCUAAGCUACAUAACUGCCAUCAAUUUCUUAAAACCCGAAAUCUCGCUCUGGAUUUCGACAGAAUCAGAGAAUGUAAAUGCUCUUACCCCUGAAGUCAGGGGCAAUGGGCUGCUACAGUGUCUUAUUUCUUUGACGCAAAUUGCGUCACACAAAGUUAUUGCCCAAACGCAGCAGGUGGUGAAUGACGGCGGGUACACGGUUCGAAUAAUUGGGAUUGCCGUGGCAAUCACCGAGGACUCCCAAAAACAGACGGAGUGGGGCUCUGUCCGGGUUUUGCGCACCUUCAACUCCAUGCCUCUGCUGCCUGAAGACGCCCCAGUUUGCGCGAUUGACAAGGCGACUAGGGAGUUUCUGGACAAAAAAGGCGCUCGGUUCGGCUUGCUGACAAAGAAGAGACAGCGGAAGCCUCCUGGAUCUAUGAAGGCUGCCAUUGCUGCUCCUGUUGAACCUACACCUUCGCGGGCUCCUGCAAACACAUACGACCGCUUGCUCGGGGCAGCGUACCCACACCGUGUGUGGUUUGCCGGACCAACUGUUUGGUCAGACAUUGUUCUGGUCAUCAGCGUCGACAAUGAAGAGGCGUGCUUCGGCAGUUUGUGCAAAACGUAUUUGCGGGAGUCGUCCGCUCUCUCGAAAAGUCUGUGCAGUGCGCUGUUGGCUACGUUUGAGGACUUCAAGACACAUGACCCUGCCGCAUUCAUGUCAAUCGCUGAACGCGAGAUGAAAGAAGCUCGCGAAAUCUACAUUCCGCAGAUGGCUCAAUCGAUGGCACAGAUCAUCUGCCGCUCUGAUAAUGAAGAGUUCAAAAAUGCGUCUUUCAUGAUUCUUUCCGUUGAACGCGAGCCAAAGGGAUACGUGGCGCCGCGAUCGGGUUCGCGAGCAAUGGCAAGCGAGCCAAGCGAACGAACAACGUCUGCCGCAAAACGAAUGAAGACAAACGACCCACUGGAGAAGCUCACGGAGAAGUUGGAAGCACUCAUACUGACGAAACUGGAAAAAAAAUGUGCGACGAAGACCAAAGAAUGCAACCCUGGAGAAACCGCUAACCCUGCCCUUGCGUCCGAUACGGAGUCCUCGUCAGAGGAAGCAGAAGAAGAGUAAAACCGCCACGUCAUACGCAGCAGUUUACCGCUCGAGCCAUCAAGCAUUCGAGGCUUUUCACAGCCCCCCACAGUGCAUGGAUCGCGCUGUAUCGGUACUUGUUAGAUGGAUACCUUUCAAUAGUACCAAGCGCAGCGACGCUGCUUUCAUUAGAAAGACACAACCUCGUGUCCUUUCCUUCCUGACCACGGUUCCACCGACUGGGGUAAAGGUGACAAAGUAUAAUCGUCGUUCGUCCGUGUCUCUAGAUCUUCGGUAAAACCUUCAUCUUCGUAGUCAUCUUUCACCGUUCGGCACCCCAGCGUGGCGGGGGGAGGCAUGUACCCUUGAGAAACCGAGAACAUUUCUAUGUUGUGAGGACCUGGAGGAAUACAGAAACAUGCACAUGAAGCCCCACGCGAAGUCACGUCAACCGCGGAACACGCAUACGGGAAAAGAUGAAGGCUACUGACCGACAGAGGGAUAUCUUCUUUUUCGUACCUGUAGCACGGUCCUGCCUUGGCUGGCUGAACUCCGAUGACGUCACACACAGCAGCGUUUUCCACAUGCUCGUGGCGCAUGCGAACAUACGGCGGCGACAGGCGAACAGCAAACAAAAGACAACUACAACCAGCAGAUAAGUCGUUCCUAGACCGAGCAACUCCUCUGUGUGCGCCAGCUCGACUUCCACGAAGCGAUACGUGAAAGGCUGCGUUCCCUGAUCGAAGGCUUGAGGGAUGUGCUUCGCAAGCACUGCCACCCUACAUAAACACGAAAGCACAACCACGAAAACGUUUCACCAUGUCGCGUGCGAUCUCUCAAUGCGUCUUGAGCCAUAUGUCGGUGCACAUAAAGUGACAUCGACAAGCAAAUAUAGAUAUCUACAUGGCAAGAUGCACUGGAGACGCGUGUGCAAACCGACGACGAAGAGUGUUGCAUUUCGCUACCGACGCGAUUAACUUUAAUCCGGCACUGAACAUGGCGUCAAGUGUGGCA